AUGACUGAAAGGAACUGGAAGCCGAUAGGGCCUAUGAAUUGGCUUGAUAACAAAAGAGCAAAAUCUCUCAGGGUGUCCAAUGAUAGGGAAAUAUUUCAGCUGAAGAAGAUUAGACGAUCCCUUGAUUCCAUGAAGAUAAUGAAUGAAAGCCUCUUGCUGCAAGAGGAAAGAAAAGUGAAAAGGUGGCUUAGGAGUCAAGCACCCAUCUCCCCUACAUCUUCCUAUAAAGCACUGUAUUAUAAGACUUCCAAUUAUCCUGAGUCCAGCCAAGAUCAAACUACAACAGACACCCAACCCGCCUCUGGGAAAGACUCAUUGGACAUCCCUUGGAGCCAGUUUGGGGACCAUCUGUCCAACUUUGUGAGCUUUCUACGACUACCAACCAAAAGACCAAUCUAUGACCGGAAACAUCCCAAGAACCUCACGCCCUUCAGUGGAAUGGAUUUGCCUGUUCAGACCCUCUCAGCCAGGAAUGCAAAUGCUCCUCGGAACACCAUCUAUGGCAUGACCUCACCUAACAGGGAGAUUCGGAAGGCCAGAACUUCUAAACAACCCAACUUAGAGAACAGCAUAUCUCUCCAAGAGGCAGUUGCCUUGUUCCCUUCCUUGCAACGCAUAUCAACCAAAAAAGAGAAGCUCUCACUUUCAUCCCUCUACUUUCAGAGUCCCAUGACUGGAUUCUCUGCUUUGCAGAAGAAGCUCAAAGACAUGCUUGAAAAGGAAAGAGAAGACGAGAACUUCAAAGUCCCACAGCCAUUGCCUGAGAUUAAACCUGAGGAAAUUUUGAGCUGCAGGUAUCUUCGUUUGUCUCAGAGUAAUAUCCAUACUUUGCUGGAACUAUGUAAGGAAUCUGGGAUUUACAUAGACCUGCAUCCCCAUAUGAAAGAAUCAGACAUUGAUGCUAGCUCCAUACUCUCCCUAACCACCAACAGAGCUCUGUAG